CGUUAGUGGUGAAACAGGGUGGUGGCUUUCCGCUUCGCACAGGGUAAACAAAUGAGACGUAUCUGUACCUCCAUUAACGUACAAAAAUCAGCUCGGUUCUUUAGAAGAGAUAAAAAUGUGCCUCGGGGAAUAAUAUUUUUGUACCAACUGCCCUGAAAAUAGUGAGGUUACUGACCGAUUUAAUAGCCGUGUUAUUCGUAUCUUGCACUAAAAUAAUGGGAGCUCAUUCGGGGAUGAAUUAUAUACGAUGUAAUUUCGAUAACGACUAAAUUAACGUCGAAAACGUAGGUUUCUUUUCACCCGCUAGCCAGCGAUUAUCAUUAUAAGAACAACAACAACAACAACACGCCAUGUCGUCGAGAAUUGAUGGUCAGCAUGGGAGCGGAUUUAGACAGUCGGGUUUUGAGAUGCCCGGCUCUGAUAUCAAGAAGAUGGGAAUUCUGAAGAAAUUAAAGACCAUGAAGAAGAAAUUCUUUGUCCUGCGUUCUACGAGCAGCAGCGGGCCGGCGCGCCUGGAGUACUACGACAGCGAGAAGAAGUUCCGCAACGGCCAGGCGCCGAAACGCAGCAUCCACAUCCACACGUGCUUCAACAUCAACAAGAAGUCGGACAGUAAGCACAGUUUCGCGAUUGCGCUCUACACGAAGGACGACUGUUUCUCCAUGCUCGCCGAGAACCAGGACGAAGAGGACAGCUGGCUGGAGCUGUUACUGAAAUAUCAGUACGAGUACUCACAGGAGCAGGACAAAUACGAACAUUAUGAGCAUGUAUGGCAAGUGACUAUCCAACCGAAAGGUCUAGGUGUCUCGAAGAACAUCCGAGGAAACUACCGACUGUGUCUGUCUAGCCAGUGUAUCAGCGUUGUUAAAGUGAACUGCGACAAACCACUGUAUAAAUUCCAGCUUGCGACAGUGAGGUCUCUCGCACACAGUGACUGCUUGUUCCGGAUGGAGGUGGGGAACUGGGCGCCCACUGGACGGGGCGAGCUGUGGAUGAAUGUUGAAGAUGCCGUGAUCGCCAAGAACAUGCACGAAGCCAUUCUCAACUGCAUGAAAGCUGCGGUCGACUUUGAAGGAUUGGAUGAGCUGGACAGACCAGACCAUGGAACAAUGGAGAGAAACCGGUCCGGGAGCAUGACCCAUGGCGACUGGCAGACGAGCGUGCCACGCAGAAACACCUUCAGCGACAGCAGAACCCACAGUCCAAUUCGACAGAGGUACUGUGAUCGUCCUGUGUCCGUUAUCAUGAGCAAGUCUGCAGUGGAUGCCGUUGCCACGGGAACAAGCUCCUGCACUCCGUCGUCUCACCUGAUCCAGGGAUCUCACCGGUUCCGUUCAGACAGUGCUGAGUCACAUUCAUCGCGUCACAGUGGAUCCAUCGGUGCUGUGUGCAGUGCCACUGAUUUCUUAGACUCCAGUUCUGAACCAGGAGAUAAAAUAGAUGAAGAGGACGUGUCUGAAACAUCCUCUAUCUGUUCAACGCCAAAAGAUUCUAGUGAAAAACUGCGACAUGACUAUGAUGAAGAUCUUAGCCACGCCUCUCCAUAUAUGGACAUGACACCUGGUAACGUGACUCCGCCCACGGCAGCGACAGCUCCCUCUGGAUAUGUGGACAUGACCCCAGGGUCACUCUCAACCAGUCACGAUUCUGGUCCCGCGGUGCCCGAAGAAAACGGCAGUUCCUACAUGAACAUGAGUCCUGGUCCCCCGCCGCCGUCUGAACCUAUCCCCAUCCGCAUCGACACCAAGAGCACGGGAUACAUGGAUAUGUGCCCCAGCGUUACCUCACACAGCACUCCACUGCCGACAGUACGCGAGGGUGGAAGUAACGAAGGCUACCUGCCAAUGUCGCCGAGUUUUGAACAGAGUGCCAUCGACACAAGCAACCUGCGUCCGACGCCAGCCGCCUGCCUGCUGACCAACGACACGAGCGAUUUCAUCAAGCGGACGUACUCCCUGGGCAGCAAGCCGCCCACCAAGAUCCUCGGCAAGGCGGCCGUCACGCACGACUUCAUGGCCGCCAAGAAGGGAUCCAUCGACAACGGGAAGAGCUGCAGUGCGCCGCACCUGCUACACAAGAGCCGCAACCUGCCGAUGGACUACGCCACCAGUCCCAGUCCAUUGAGCGCGUCUUACAAAUCGGACAGCUCGUACCGGUCGGAUGACUCCGACUCAUUCAUGGAGCUGGACUUCCACCGGCCGCGGACGGCCAGCGACAGCUACGGCUGCCGGCCCCGGGCAUCCAGCUUCGGGAAGGCGUACCAGGGACACCGCCCACGCUCGUCCAGUUAUGGCCAGCAGGCGAAGCCGUUCAAGAUGAAGCUCGCCUCGAAGCUGGGCUCGUAUGAGUCGGUGCGGAUGACGUCGCAGGAGCUGAUGCACCGGGCGUCGCUCGACUCGAUGAGUCAUGGCUCGCGCGACUCGCUGCGGAUGUCAUCGAACGAGUCGCUGCGCAAGCUGUCGGAGGAGUUGAGGACGAAGACGAACCUGCUCAACACGGAGUACGUCGACAUGAACAUUGAGAAGCGCAAGACGCCGUCGCCUCUCCCGCCCACACAGCAGGGGGGCGGCUACAUAGACAUGACGAUCGGCAGUCGGACGGCCUCCCCGAGUCGUGGCAAGAUGAAGGAAUCGGCGGCCGCAGUGAUGACCACUUCCCACAGCGACGAGAAGGUGCUGCAGGGCACCGGCUCGAACCACGGCGGAGACGACUCGUACAUGAACAUGGAUGCCACAGAUUUUCUGGCCAAGCAUCAUGGGAAGGGCGACGGUGACGAUGGUCACUCCCAUCACGGCAGCGACGAUGGUCACUCCCAUCGUGGCGGCGGCGGCGGCGGUCACUCCCAUCGCGGCAGUGACAGUCACUCCCAUCGUGAAGCUGCUCAGAAGGCUGGUGAUCAUUCUCAUUCCCAUCACAAAGACAGUCACUCGGUUCAUCAUCCAGUUAAAGUCCCGACGACGACGGUCCACCCAGCCGUGGAGUCAGAUUACAUUGGUUUCGAGCCGGGACAGAUAGACUCUGUUUCCGUUUCACAGUCCAAGAGGAACGACGGAUCUGAUAGCAAAUCUGCCUCCAAGAAGAGCGUCAGCCAUUUUCAGCAAAGCAGAAUGUCGGCUGCACCGGCGCCAUCCGAAUCUGGUGCCGGCAGCAAGAAGGGCAGUUCCAGUUCAGGAAGGUUGGCAGGUGGGGAGAGCCGAAAGAGUGACCUUCAUGGUAGACCGGGCACUGUCCCUGAGCAACCAGAGGCGUACGUAAUGUAUGAGCCGAAGGAUGUGCAUGAGAAUAGGGAUGAGUACGUCAUGUAUGAACCAAAACAGUCGUCGUCCACGAGUCAUGUUAGUGACAGCCAUAGCGUGCCUAGACAUGGAAACAGUGAGUCACUGGCACACAAAAACAGCCAGGGUGUGCCUAGACUAAGCAACAAUGAGUCACUGGCACACAAAAACAGCCAGGGCAUGCCUAGACAUGGAAACAGUGAGUCACUGGCACACAAAAACAGCCAGGGCGUGCCUAGGCUAAGCAACAGCGAGUCACUGGCUCACAAAAACAGCCAGGGCGUGCCUAGACUAGGCAGCAGCGAGUCACUAGCACACAAAAGCGGCCAGAGUGCGUCUAGACUCGGCAAUAGUGAGUCGUCAUCUCAACAUGUCGGGUCAAAAGACCCGAAAAAGAAACGGCACAGCAAGUGGAAGAGGUCUUCGAAAGUGGAGUCCGACGGGUCAUCGCCGGUUGACAGUGGUGCAGCUAGGUCUCCUGGUUCAUCCGGUUUUGCGUUCAGGAAGACACAGCAGAUGGAGGCAGCGUCACAAGUACGCACGGAGGAAGCUGCUGACGAGUAUAUAGAGUUCUCUCCCAUGCGGAACGAGUCCUCGCUGAAGUCGGUUCGUCAGAAGAAAUCAAACGAGGACAAGGAGAGAUGCAAACCUAAGGAAAGUGUUCAGUCGGACUAUAUCGGUUUUGAACCGGGAUUGGUGCCAGCAUCUAAGGAAAGUUCUAAAUCACCAGAGGCAAUAAAGUCGAUGAUUUCAAUGAGUGCAGCCGAGAAAAAGGCCGCGCUUGGGCUGCAACAAGGAGUGGUAAGUUAUAACAAAAGCGUGCCACCGUCUGGAGGUGUAAAGCCAACGAGCAGGUAUUCACAACCCGCGGACAGUUUUUUCAAUUUUGACUUUGUGAAAAGUGAUGCUGACGAUUCGAAUGUGCAGAGGUAUUCCGAUGGUCGUGGCUGUGAACAGAGCGAUUGCUCGUAUUCUCCAAGAGGAAGCAGUAAGCCGGAUAAUGCACCAAGUGGUGUUAGGAUUACGCAGUGUUCCAAUGUGCCAAUUUCGGGAUUUGUUUUAGCAGAGAGCAGUAGCAGCAGUAGUAGCGCGGGAAAGAAACUGAAAGAAAGUCAAAACGGCAACCGCGCCGGUAAGCUGGUUGAGAAUCGCAACGAGAAACCACCUCACCGACACGGCUCUGGUGGGUCGUCGAAAGGGGUCGUUCUGUCCCCUAAAAAGAUCCUUUCAGUAGUAUCUCCAAAAUGUGUCUUGGCGCCCUCAGGAGAUGCAACUUCUCCUAAAGGUGUCCUCGUGCCCACGAAAGAGGUGUCAUCGGGGGGCGUCGUCUCGAAAAGCAUUGUGCCGUCUUCGAAGGAGAUGAGAGUGUCUUCGAAAGGAGGGGUGAUCUCAAAAGAUAUUACACUGUCGUCGGACUCCGUCAGAGUUAAGCAUGCGUCGGGGGGAUCACUCAAAGGAAACAUGUCAUUGAAAGACGAACCCGUACUUCCGGACUCUAGGUGCAAACACGCCAGUGGAAGUUCGUUGUCUUCCGAUUCCGUGCGGUCAAAACACAGCUCCGGAGGGUCCGCAAAGGGCGUGGUCGUGUCGAGGGAUACCUCAGACGUGCCCUUGCUCUCGCCGUCUGGGAUCUUAAACACACCUCCAGCAUCAGCCGCAGUAGUCACCGACACUCUGGAUCCUGGCAUGGCUGGGAUGUCGCGGCCGGGAAGCACACCGUGCAUGCUGACUCUGGACGAUGCCGAAGAUAAGCAGACGGCCGGGGUGACCCUCACAGUGGAUUCCAAUCCUCGCAGUCGCCACAGCAUCGCGGAUCUCAGCGCCUACGAGAAGAUGUCCUUCACGAGCAACUCCCUGUCGACGUCGACGACAACCACCACCACACAGCAGCAGGACGGCAGUCAGAAAGUGCUGAAUUACGCGUCGCUCGAUCUGGGAUCAGCCGAGGCUGUGGGAGAGAGCGACGCGACUUUGAGGUCACCUCGGAUUAAGAGCAGACACCCGUCGUCGAAUGAAGAGCGGGCUGAGCCCCCUCUGUCGUACGCCAGCAUCGACUUUGAAAAGUCGGAGAGCUUAAAGAAUGCGGGGAGCAAAGAUGUUAAGUUUACAUUAUGAUCAGUGUUUAACUUAGUAAUGUUACGAUAAAUAUUUUGUAUGUCUUUUUUUUUUUCUUUCUUUUUUUUGUAUUUGAUGUAUUCAACUAAAUGGUUAAAAUCAACAAUUUUUUUUUUUUUUUUUUUUUUUUUUUUUUCCCCCUUUUUGUCUGUAUGGAAAGUGGGGUGGGAUUUUUUUAAUUUGAUGUAUUCAACUAAAUGGUUAAAAUCGACAAACUUUCUUUGUUUCUUUUUUUCAUUUUUUUUUCCUGUUUUUCAUUUAUUUAUAUUCAACUACAUUUUAAAGUGUUAAAAUUGACAAACUCAUUCUUUUGUUUUUCUUUUUUUUGGUCUUUUUUCAUUUGUGUCUGUGUAUGCAAAGUAGUUUUUUUUAGGUAAUUGACGUAUUCAACUAAAUGGUUAAAAUUGACAAAAUGUUUAUUAAGUUUCUGUUUGCUGCCAGUUUUAAAUGCUGUUCAAUGCUUAUCCCUUUCUGAAUCUUUGCCGACAGAAUGUGUUGCCUGGUGAAAACCACUUAUUUUUGCCAGUGGUUUGACAUCCAAUAACCGAUGCUUCAUUAAUCAAUGUGCUCUAGUGGUGUCGUUAAACAAAACAAAAACAGUUUUGCCAAAAUGGUAAUGGCUAUGCGAGUAGCAGCAAGCAAAAAUUUAAUAUAUGCUUUGGUCCAAAACAGCAAUUAUAAUGUAUAUAUGAUUAACUCUCUUUAAAAUUAUACACUGUAUAUAUACGAUCAACAGUCAUAAAGGUUAUUCGUGGAUGUCGUGUUUAAAAAACAGCAUGAUGGGUAAAAUGUGAUUUCACAUCAAACUGUUUGGGUAUGCUUUAUUUUAAUUGUCAGUCUGUUUGUAUUAACAAAAAUAGCUUUAAUUUACAGGGUUUGUAAACAUAUCGUGGAAAUAUUUUUUAUUAUUAUUUUUUUAAUUAUUACUAUUAUUAAUUUAGUUUUUCAAGUCAGGAAUGUCUUGGAAAAUAUAUUUAAGUUAUCAGUGUUCUUCAAAAGAUGCUUAACAUUCUUUUUUAGUUUUUUUCGUUUUUUCUUUUAUGUAAUUGUUUUUCAGUGUUUUCUCUGAAUAUUGGUUUUCUCUCAAAUGUUUUUUUUCUCAGUCAUAAUAGUCGCUUGGGACCAGGGCAUUUAAUGGAGAAAUCCAAAACAUACCCAUCACUUAUUCAGCAAAUUUAACAGUAAAACAAAAAAUUAAUGUAACGGAUUUUAAUUGUCAGAUAUGCUUUCAAAAAUUAUUUAAAGUGUGAAUCUGAUUAAAAUUAGCUCUAGUGGUCUGCCAGUAGAUCUAACAGCAUUGCGUGGACUCACAUGUCCAGGUGACAUUUCAUCUAUA